AAUCUAAUAUCUGUCCAUUGUUUACUUCUUUUAUUUCGUCAGUUUCUCAGUUGCCUAAACUUUUUAUUACUGUUUUCCUCUUAAUAGAAUAGAGUUAUUGGUUAGUUAUUUUAGAAAAAUAUGAAUAGAAUACUGCAUCAAACUCAAAGAAAAGUUUGUUAUUCAAUUAUAACAUCGGAAUGUUUGAUUCCAGAAUAUAGCUUGGAUCAGUAGGUUUAUGUGAAAGAAAUAUGUAGAUGAAAAUGAUUUUACAUAGAACAGUUUCUAUUACAGCCUUAAAGGGAUUAUCUGAUUUGGAUGUAGAUUCUUUGAAGAGAGUUGAAUUUGAAGAUUGUCAGCCAUCACAGCCCUUAACAUGCAGAGUUAAGCCAAAUAUUAAACAUAAAUCUAAUAAAGAAUUAAAUGGAGACAUUGCAUUAGGCGUUAAAAAGAGGAAUUGUGCAAUUAAAAAAUCCCCUUUUAAGACCAAAAUCAGCAAUUUUAGCAGUCAAAAUACACAUAAUGUUGAUACAACAAAUUUGGAAAAUAUGUUACAAUCUACACACCCACUUGAAUUUGAUCAAGUUUUGUCUCCAGUGGUUCCUAUUAAUAGUAAAGAAAUUACAACUAAAAGACAAGAAAUCAUAAAACCUCAAAAUAGAAAUCCUUUUAAGGAGAUUUAUUCUGCAUAUGUAUUCCCAAAUGAUUGUGAUAAAUUGUCAGAAAAUACCUCUGAAGUGCCUGGAAACAUUUCAAAUAUACUUUCAGUCCUCAACCAAAAUGAUGGCAUGACUUGUAAAUCUAAACUGAUGAAUUCCAAGAAAUCAAAAAAAUCUAAAUAUGGAAAAAUAAAUAAACUAUCUCUGAAACUAAAAGGUAAAGGUAAUGAUUUAGGAUUUAGAACAUUACAAAAAAGUUUUAAUAAACCCCACAAAAAUGAAACAUUUACUUGUACUGAAGAAGAAGUUUCACUAUUAUUUGAAUUUCCAGCAAAAGUAAAUGUUAAUAAUAUCAAAGAUUCCGUACUGAAUGAUUCAGCGAAAAAUAAUCCAAAUGUUGUAGAAAAUACGUGUCAAAUUUUAACUUCAUCAUUGAAAAGAAAACAGACACAGGAAUCUUUAGAUCAAAUGUCAAAGAAAAUUAAAAAUCAGAUGUGUAAUUUAGAUACAGAAAUCAGCUCUGACACCAUCUUAAAAGUGUGUUUAAAUGAUCCAAAAUUUUCCUUAAAUAGUGAUCACUUCGAUAAUAUUACCACUUUAAAUAAGGAUGAAGUUCAAUUUCUGAAUGGCUCAGAAAUACAUUCUCCUGUAUUAGGAGGUUGUAAGUCCAAUGUCUUGUCAAAUUCAAAAGAAGAUAAAGAAUGCCUUUCACCCACAUUAGGCUGCAGAUUUACACACUCUGAAAACCUUAUAGGGUGUAAACAUGAUUCAAACACUUUUGCUUUGUGUUCGGAUAUUGUCUUAGGCAAUAGUUUUAUUCAGUCAAUUCCUAAUGAUUAUGUUGUAAAUGAUGAAGGUAUGGAUCAGAGAAAUGAAAUGAAUGGGCCUCUUGAAAAUAAAAAUAAGAAGAAUCUUGUUAUUCAAGAAAUGAGCUCAAACCAGUUUAUUGAUACAAUAUCAUUUUGUAAACAGUACUCUGGUUUAAAUGAAUUAGUGCCAACAGAUUUAAAUAAUUUAGUUAAUGCUGUAUCUCCCCAUUCUUUAAAAUGCAUUCAAACUAAAAAUGUUCACUCAUAUGACAGUGCAAAAGAUGUAUUUAAUAAACCAAUAUACAUUUCAAUACCUUCAAAUUUAAAAAGUACAAAUUUGAACAACAUUAAUGAACCUCUUUCUCCAGUUUUAGGAGUUAGUUACAAUAAAAGAUCUUGGGUUGUUGGAGAAGAAGUAAAUGUACCUAAUGAAAUGAAUAAAGACAACAUAUCACCAAUUGAACUUUUUGGAAUGAAACAGAAUAAAAUUUCUUCAAAUUUACAUGGUUGUGUCAUAAAUCCAUCAGUUGAGACUCCAUUGGAAGACUGGAUUGAAAAUGUUCCUUUCAAUUCACAGAAAAAUGGUGAAUGUAGUUCUCCUAUUUUAAGCUUUAAAAUUCCCAAGAAAGAUUCCAAGUGCACUGUCAUAAAUGAAGAUUCUGGUUCCCUUCCAGUAUCAGCAGAAUCUGUUUUGGCUUUGAGCCUGAAAAAUAAGACUGACCAACUUAACUUUAAAUGUAAAGCUACUGCACAUGUGGAGCCAAAGUUUCAAAUACCUAGUUCAAACAAAUUUAUUCAUAAAAACCAAGAUUCCAUUUUCUUCUCUCCAAAUGAAACUAUAUCAACCUCAAAUAAAAAACAUAUAUGUUCUUCUAGAGUCAAUGUACAUGAUCUAGAGAGUUGUAAUAAAAAUCUGUCUAAAUCUUAUCAAAACAAAAUAAUUCAUAAGCACCUCUCAGAAAUUAAUUCCCUAUUACUGGAUACCGCACCUGAUAAAAAUCACUUACCAAUAACUACAUCACCAUCUCAAAUGGUGUUAAUCAAUAAAAAUAAGAAAAAUACACUAAAAUUGUCAUAUAUAAAAAGUUCUGAAUUAAACCUUUCACCAGUGUUGGAACUUGGUAUGAAGAUGUCCAGUAUUAACGAAGAUAAAAAAUUUUCAACAGAUCCUAUGUUCUCGACAGAGGUAAGACAAAAACUCCAAAACAACAAUUUGGAACGUUUUAAUGAUAUGUCUGUUUUAAAUAUUGACGUCCUUGAUAAAAAGAACUGUGUUGUUGAAGAAAUUGAAAGUACUCCAUGUGUUGACUCUGAAUUUGAUAUUAGACAAUUUCCAAUCUUUUUUUCUCACGUAGAACAACUUUUGUCCCCCUUACCUUUAUCAGCAGAUGCCAAUUUAUUUUAUUCAUCACAGGUUAAAUCAGAACAUAAACACGAAGUGCACUCUCAUAUUUUAAGAAAUGCAUAUAAAGAGAAAUCAAAUAAAAAGAAUAGUAGGAUAAUUGAUGUUUUAAUACCUCAAGAAGCAGAAGAAGCCAUUCCUGAAAUGAUUAAAAAACCGCCUAAAGAGAAAUGUUUUGCUGAAAAACCGUCUUUACACUUCUCCAGUAAAAGUGUGGAAAAGUGUACAAAAUCGCUAAAACCAAUAUCAGUUGAAAUACAUAACGCUAAUAGUCAUAAGAAAACUGUCAAGAAAAAGUUAAGUUUUGAAGAUCAAACUACAAAUGGUGUUACAAGCAAUAGAAAAAUUGAUAGAAAAAAUAAGACUUCUGAUGAGGAAAUAAUCCUAUCUGGUGUGGAACAACUGUAUGGAGCUCCUCAUGAUUGUUUAAAGAUAGAAAAGAAAAACCAAAUUGAUUUUUCAAACCUAAGAGAGAUUAAUCAGUUAACAACAGAAACUAAAUAUAAGAAGUCUCUUUGCAAGGUACAAAAUGAUUUAUUGCUUUGGAAAAAUCAAGAAAAAACUUUUGAAACGGAUAGUGAUGUUGUUAUUGAAGAAUUUGGUGAUGAAAGUUCAUGUGAAGAAAACGAUUUCAGAGACUCUGUGAACAGUAAAAAGAUAGAAUUAAUUAGAAAAGAUUUGAAUCGAGAUUUUGAUCAGGGUGUGAAAUUGGUAGAAAAAGGAAAUUCUGUAUAUCAUAGUGGAUUAAGUUUUCACAAGGUGACAUCUUGUGAAGAUGAGAGAUCAGAAAUAUUUGACCAUGAUAUUGACAUUCAAGAGGCAUUAUCUCAAGAGAAUGCAAUAGUAACAUCAGAAGCUUCUAACUGUGAAGAGGAGAUUCAGGAAAUUUUGUCUCAAGAGAGUAUACAAUCUCCAGAUUUAAAAAUAGAGUGUUCCACUUCACCCAAUACAAAAUCUUCCGAGGAAACUCAGACUGAAAAGGAUUCAGGAACUUUAUCAUUUCCUCCUCCACUGGAAGUUGUUGCAACACGAUCUUGUAACGAGACUGUGCUUGACUCAGCUUGUAAAUCCAAACGCACAAGAGUGAAAAGGGGAAGUCUAGUGGAGAGGUUGCAGCGUCUGGUCCGUGCUGAGAAAGCUUCAGUGAAUAUGUUCCAUCAUGAGGGAGGCUCACACAGUGCAGUUAGAGCCUGUUCUCUGCAUGUGGACUAUGUGACUAAGGCCUGUUCCAGGCUCUUCAUCAUCGGUCACUACACUGACAAACAUCAAUCCUUUUCAGAAGAGUUCAGUUUGGGAGAGGAAGAUGUGGACCCUGAAGUUUGGCUCUUUGUAGAUCCCGUUUACGUCAAAAAUGUAAUGCCUGGUUCAACUAUACUGGUCUAUCCACCUUGGCAAAGCUUGUGGCAGGAUGGACGUGGCAUCAUGCUGAUGUUUGGUGCUACCAAGAUACAGCAGAUCAGCUCCACCAGACCUGCAUUCCCUCCAUCUUGCUUGAAUGUGGCGGCAACACUGGAGAGACAGUUCAGUUGUCACUCACACCAUGAUCAGUGUGGAUGUCUGGGGGAGCUGAUGGGUCAGCUAUUUGGACUAGACCAGCCGACAGUAAGGCAAGAGCAGAUGGGGAACUACUGUUGGGUAGAUGGGUCAGUCAUGGCUGCUCUGGCGGGUGGCAGAUAUCCUCACAGUAUUCAGCUCAGAGUCACUGUCCUACACCUUUUCCAUACCAGGUCUCUUAGUAAGCGAACAGUUCCAAGUCUUCUCUGUUUGGAUGGCAACGGCCACGUUUGUCAGAUUAAUCUGCGAUCCAUGGAUGAUGAGUCAAAAUUGGAGCUGGUAUUGAGAGAGUCUAAUACUAUAACAUUCAGCCAAGUAACGAUCUGCAAACGUGUCAACAUAGACAGAUGUAGGGGUCUGAGGUCUAUGCUGCGUCAGCUACAUAAUGAGUCUGCCAAUCAGCUGCUGCUGUAUGUGGCUACCCUCUUGUCUGACCAGUGGUCAGUCAGACCGUUCUCUGCUGAUCCCACUGUCUCAACACAGCUUCACCCAUUGUUGGAUAUAAGUCUGGUAAGUGACGGCCGAGCCAGAGCCAGAGUGUGUGUGAUGGCUCUCAGAGCAGAUCAACUGUACGUGUGGGACAAACAGAAAGACUCAUACUACAGGAUCAACAUCCUGUCGUCUGCAGUGGUACCCAGCUUCCCUGCCAGGGCUGUCCUGAACAUUGAGUAUUUGUGGGUUCACCAAGAUGAGCUAAUGAUUGACAAGUUCUCCACUAUAACACUGGUGGAAAAUGCGACUCAAGAUUCUCCAAUAGCCAUUCCAUUGCUUUCGCUUGAGUCUACUGAAAAUGAUUUGGUCCUUCUGGAUAGUGUAAUAACUAGAGUGAACUCUGAUGUGUUGCUGCGCUGGGAGGGUGAUUGUGGACAUAAGCUACUGCGGCUGCAGCGGACCGAACUCUUCUACUGCAUGUCCUGCUCCCAAGCCGUCACCUCCUGUCACCAGCGAUUGGGGCUAGAAGUGUGUGUGGUAGCCAAAAACCUCUCAGCUCCCAUCAGAGUCAAGGUUAAAAGUGAAACAGCACAAGUUUUGCUGCUAGGAGGUGCAGGCCAAGUCUCCACAAAGAAAAGUUAUAACAUGAUUGGUGUGAUUGGGAUGAGCUUGAAGUGCUUGGUCCUGGUUCUUGAAGUCUUGAGAAACCCUUUCGGUGAUGUUCUUGAGAUCCUUCUUGAAGAACUUUAGUUCCUAUCCAAUGGUCAAAAGUGAGGGUGUGAGACCAAGCAAACAUUUAAAUGUACUAAAUAUGAUUCAUUUAGUGAUUUAGGUGUUGAGCCAGUGUAAUAAAGACCCAAAUUCUAGGAUAGUUUAAAAACAGUUUGUUACAUUGCAUAUAGUACUUAAAAAUGUCCAUCUUAAUUUAUUUGAAAUUUAACUUUAAGUUGAUGGUCAAUAUAUAAAAUGACUCAUGUUGUAUCCUUUGUUCUGUAAUUGCCCAAAUAUUAUAAUAGCUUGAAAUAUCAAUGAUAGAUCACACUUUUUCUUCAAUUUUGUCAUUACAUUUACUCUAUUUUUUGGAUAUAAGCAGAGAUAAAUGUUAGGUAUUUUGUUCUAAUAGUAUUCUAAAGUAGGUGAUAUGAAAUGUAACAUAUGAAAUAUAAUUUACUGGAGUCUAGAACAGGAGUUCUAGCAGAAGAUAA